ACACACACACACACACACACACACACACACACACACACACGCACCCUCAAAUGGGAAUUAAGGGAGGACUGGCCAUUUUGGAAGUGACAGCCACCCUUCAUCACACACAGUUAGCAAUUCAAUGAGCAAUGCUGGCUCUCCAUCUCUGAGUCGGAGGAGAAAAGCAAACUAUCUGCAGUAAAAGGUGCAUCAAUAGUCCACGUGAGAGCAUAUAGGCUCACAUGAAGAGUGAAAACAAAAGAUGGCGGCUGCUGAUGAAGAAAGUGUGUCUGCUGAGGUUUGGAUGCAGCUUGUUCUGUUCUCUCUCUCUCUGGAUGUCUCAUUUCACAUUUAUGAGAAUCUGUUUUAGCUGCGGAAGUGGUUAUUACACAGCAUUUAGGAAGCAGUGACUCAGUAGCACAAGGACCCUCUCUCAUUCCCUCUAAGUCUUACUCUUUCUCUUGACUUGUCAAACUGUUUAUUCAUGAUGCAUUUACAGAAACUCCUCUUACUUCCUAUUCUACCUUGUCCCUCCAUCUCAACUCGAUCAAUGAUACAUGGAGCUCUGGACAGAUAGGAAGUGUCGGUGAAUAUGCAUCUUUUUGAGCAGCAUAUCUCACUACGAGGGCACACUGAAUCUUAAGCAGCAACACAAAAUAACUAACAGCAAAUAAGCACCACUACACAUUUCAUGAUUUAUCGGAAAACUGAAUUAUUCAUUCCAAUUUUCCCUAUUUUGUCUACAACAAAAAGGGCCACACACACACCUGCAGCGUCUUGACACAUGUCAACUUGUCAGUAUGUGCAACUAUGCUACUGUAUUUCUCAGCAUUGCAUGUCAACUCUUCAGAACAGCAGCAUAUUCUACCACAUUCCCUCCCCUGAUUGCCUGAUCUGGCUUAUUUACCUCGAUUGCUUCUUAAGUCUGUGUGAUGCGUUCUGUGUGUGCUACAACCGACCAGGUCUUCCUUCAACACAAUGUUGGCGGUUCAGUCCUAGGUGUCUCCUGUCUGCAUGUCGUAGUGUCCUUGAGCAAGACACUGAACCCGAGGUUGCUUUCAAUGGGCAGGCCGCUGCCUUGCGUGACAGCGCCAGUUGCCCCAAAUUGGACAUCUGCUGGGGAAAUAGAUCAAAUGAAAGACGACAAAGGCCGUAACGAGGAGUUUGACCGUGGUUGAGAAAGGGUCUGGUUUGGACCGAUGUAGAGUGAAUUUGUGCUGGAUCACAAUGAGAUCGGGGUUGGAUGUGUUUUAGCAGGACUCGGCAGGAUAGCGGAGGAAGCAUAUUAGAAGUGAUCAUCUGGUGACGGACAGUAUGCUGAGACAGUGACAUGUACAGUCACAAUAGGAAUGAGUAUAGGAGUGAGUAGUGAGAGAGGCUCCUUCACACCUGUCAUCCCAUCGUAAGUGGGGAAUUACAAACAGUUUAGAUACAAAUAUUUACAUCGUACACGUCCAACCGUCUGAAAACAAGAUUGUGAAUGUAGAGUAUCAAUAUAUGAAGUCAUUCACGUGAUUAACAUUUCUCUCGCUCUCUUUGUUUCCUUGCAACAGACACACACUUUCCCCUUCAUUGUCUCUAAUUAGACACGGAUGAAUUCCAUUUGUCCUGUCUUUGCUUGUCUCUUUUCUUCGCACACCCGCACACACACACACACACACGCACACACACACACACACAAACGCAUAUAAACAGCACUCUGCAUGCUACAUGAGGAACCAAGCUUAAACAUUCAUGUAUAAUGCAGUUUCUUUCUUUUCUUUUCAAUGGUAUUUGAUGCGAUCUCUGGCACCAGAGUAGUCUGCUAGUUAGAGAGAUAGUCUUUCAAGAUCUGUCCAAAGUGUAUCAGAAGUUUAUUUUUGACUUUAGCAGAGUGUCAAAAUUUUUUAGUGAAGUAGUAAAGUAUUGACAUCCAAAAACUCUCCUCCAGACCUUUUGCCUGUGUGUUGCCAUGUUGUCUUUAAGGAAGGAUAUCCAGGACAGCUGUCCACUAGCUGCUACUGUAACUUUUUACUUAUUUUCUGUAUGUGAGUGACAGAGGAUAAAGUGUCAGCAUCUCUUUCCUUCAUUUUAAUAAAUAAAGGCUCUUUAGCUGACUACUUGGAAAUAUUGAUAAACUCAUGAGUCCUCCAUAUAAUUUUACUCCUAUGUGGAUGCACAUGGCAAAAUAUUUGAGAGCGUAUUUGUUAUUCUGGUGCGCUUUCCUCAUUCUACACUGAGAAGUUGAGAAGUUGACCAGAAAACAAGAAACCUCAUCUCUGUUUUUAUUUUCUCUAUUUUAUGUUUAAAAUGAAAGAUUUCUUCUAAUUCUAUUGCAGCAUUAUCGAGUGCAACUAUGCAGUUGUCCACCUCCAGUCUCUCUCUGUCCAUCUUUAUCAACAAAUGUGUUUCUUUCUAGCUUUCCCUGUCAGUUAUACACACACACACACACCCACACACACACACACACACACACACACACACACACGCAGCUCAUGGAUGUUAUUCAUUGUGGCCUGUAGUUUAGGAUUCAUUCCCUUGUCUCUCUUUAAACAUUAAUGAUUUCCCUUUGAUGGAGUGGUGUUUGGCUUUAUUUUAGCUCACCUUUAACUAUUCAUAACUGUGUUACAUAAUGGCAAUCAUGCAUCAGCACAGGAGCUAGCACAGAUAAGAGCCCCGCAGACUUAGUCUUAAGAAGGUACAGCCGAGCAUGAAAUCCAUUCACUGUCAAAUUUAAUUAUGCACAUUCUUUACUCCAAAAAAAAAAAGACUUCUGCUCCACUGAGCAUGCAAUGUAGCUGGGAUAAUAGUGUCAUUUUUUUUUUUUUUACAUAUUUGAUUAGAUUGAUGACGUUUGUGAGAAAAUCCUGCCAAUGCAAUUAACAAGAAAACUGGGUAAAGUGCCGGAAGCAGUCGAAAAACUGGCAAACAUUGAAAUGUAGUUGGCCUUAAGUUGAUAUUCUACUUUUUAGGUGUCAAUCAUUACUUCAUGCAUCACAUGGAAAUGUGUCCUCGAGAAUACCUCUAGCCAGAGACGGUGAGGGAGACGGCGGUCUGUGCAGUGUAAAAUAGCUAUUUGAAAAGGCCCUUAUUUAUUAGCACAUGAUAUGAUUAGAUAAGGCCUGACGUAUAGCUUCCAUGGCUCCCCUUAGGCCUGAUGCAGACACAUGGUCAUUGUAACAGACAGUGGUUGUUUGUGUGUGUGUGUGUGUGUGUGUGUGUGUGUGUGUGUGUGUCUUAUUAGGUGUGAAAGGCAUGGCCCUUAACAUCCUUCUCUAUGAUAGGUUUGGAUUCAGUGCUUUGAUUUGCAACGGAGCAACUUCUAAAAAUAGCAUGUAGAGGGAGAGAGAGAGAGAGAGAGAGAGAGAGAGAGAGAGAGAGAGAGAGAGAGAGAGACAGAGGCAGUGGGGGAGAAUGAAGGACACUGACUGCUUUUGUCUGCAGAGAGUUAGUUGCAUUUGAUCUUUUCAUAACCAUCAAUCUACAUUUUUAAUAAAUCACAUUUUUACAAUUCCUCCUUUCACUCUCACACCUCUGUCUCUCCCUGAUUCCAUCUGUCUUCAUUUCCCGUCCUUCACCAAAUCCCUAUUUACUCCCCCCCCACACACACACUCUCUCUCCCCUCUCUCCUUUGCUCCUUUGCACACACGUUGACAUGCGCGUUAUUACCGAGCUCGGGGAGAAGCUGGGACUGCAGCAACAAAACAAGAGGAGGAGAAAUUGAAGCACUGAUGCGUCCUGAAAAAAAAAAGAAAAAAAAGAUCACAUAUGGUCACAUUGGAUCAGCAGCCUGUGUCUAUUCGCGCUGCACAUGUGCUUUGUCAGUGUGUGUGUGUGUGUGUGUGGAUGAACUGUGCCAUUCUUUGCCGUACUCUGGGACACGAACCAAUGACAACACGCUUAAACACUCAGCACACUUCGCGUCCAGAUGCCCGUGUCGAAGAUGUUGGAGCCUAAUGUGGAAGCCCCUUCCUGUGAACUGGGCGGAGUAGGAGGAGAUCGAGGUGGUGUGUGCCUCCACCUGCCCCCCUCAGAAGGUGAGGAAAGCAGCCUGUAUCCCUCCAGUCCCUCAGAGCCCCCAACCCUGGGCAGCCCUUACCCGUCAGAGCCUCUCACCCCUUUGGACGACAUCUACAUGCCUCUUGGGGGUCUGGUGGGAUCUGAGGAGCGCCACAAGGUGCCUCCCACGCCGCCUCCUUCCACAGAGGACGAGUAUUGGAGGAGUAUGGAGGGGAAUGAGAUGGAGAUCUGGAAAGAGGCGAAUGCUUUGGAGAGCAGGAGAAGGGAAGAGGAGGAGGAUGACGGGGCCAGCAGAAAGAGUGCUGGGAGUGAGGGGGACGAAAAAGAAGAAGAAGAAGGAGGAGAGGAGGAGGAGGGAGAGAGGAAUGAAGAGGAGGUCAACCUCAACCUGGCGGCGUCCAACACAGAUGAGGACAACGCCUCGGAGCCGCUGGACACCAACGCUCCCCCUUCCUCCUCCUCCUCGUUUGUCAUCCCCGAACUGCGCCUUGAUCGCUCCUUCAGCGCCGAUGCCCUCUCCUCCCCCAACACUGACGAAGAAGAUUACGACGAAGACGAAGACGAGGAGUCUGAAGAGGAGGACGACGAAGACGACAGUGACGACGCCUACCUGCGGCGCAGUGACAGCAAGCGCCGCAGCAUGGUGGAGGGGGCCACCUGUGAGAAGCACGGUGGAGGGGGCCUCAGUGUGCAGAACUCCCUCCGCAGGCGCACGCACAGUGAAGGGAGCCUGCUGCAGGACCCCCGCACGCCUUGUUUCACUUCAGACAACGCCAUCAACUGCCUGGAGGCGGGGGGAGCGCACCACAAGGGCGGCUGGACACUCCCAUCACCUAAAACCCUGAAGAAAGAGCUGACCAAGAAUGGAGGCUCCAUGCAUCAGCUGUGUAUGCUGUUCUCUGGGAGGAAGCUGAGCGCCGGAUCCCCUUGUAGCUGUGAGGUCAGCCCUGAAGGAACAAAGAAGAAGAAAUCCAAGAACCUGGCCAAAGACAUGAAGAAUCGGCUGGCUUUCCUGCGGAGGAGGAAUGAAUCCCCAGGAAGCAACCCAGCCGGCAAGUUAGAGAAAUCUAUGAAGUCAGUCAAGCCGACCCCAGAAGAAGCACUGAAAUGGGGGGACUCACUUGACAAGCUGCUGACUCACAAAUAUGGUCUGGCAGCGUUCAGAGCUUUCCUGCGCACAGAGUUCAGCGAGGAGAAUCUGGAAUUCUGGCUCGCAUGUGAGGAAUACAAGAAGGUCAAGUCGCAAUCUAAGAUGGCCUCAAAAGCCAAGAAAAUCUUUGCAGAAUACAUCGCUAUCCAGUCUUGUAAAGAGGUAAAUCUGGAUUCGUACACCAGAGAUCACACGAAGGACAACCUGCAGAAUGUGACUCGCUCCUGCUUUGACCUAGCACAGAGGCGGAUAUACGGGCUGAUGGAGAAGGACUCAUACCCCCGCUUCCUGCGCUCAGAACUCUACGUGGACUUAAUCAACCAAAAAAAGGCCAGCUCCACUUCGACUUCAUCUUCCUCAUAAGAGACCAGAAGCAGAUCUGAGGAGAAGAGAAACAUGACGAUGAGAGAGAGAGAGAGAGAAAAAAAAGGGUCAGACUUGAAAAAAGUACAGUGGGUGGGUGGGAUGUGAGGGUCUUUCUUUGCCUUUUUUUACUAUUUGUCUUGUGUAUGUCAUCCUGUCCACUAUGAUUUUUUGUUGUUGUUGUUGUGGUGUGAGAGGACGCGGCAAAGCUAUGGCACUGCGAAGGAAUGUAGUUUACACGGUUACCAGGUGGAUGGAUGAAUGAGUGGACUGAUGAAUGGAUGGAUGGAUGGAUGGAUGGAUGGAUGAUACUAAAACUACAGAAGCCCACGAACGAGGGCUGGAGCAGGAGCUGGACGCUUGUCUGAUCACUGUCUCUCAUUUUUGUGGUGUCAGUCUUUUGCUCGUGUUUUUAAGUUUUUGUCCAGUUGUACUGGAGAAAAGGAGGGGUUGCUCAGAAAACCCCACAGACAUGAAGACAGUCCGGUACUGUUUUUCACUUUUUUUCCCUCUUAAUUUCCUCUUAAAACUCCCACUUUUCCUCCACCACGUUCUCUGUGAAGCCACUUCAAAGCUGUCGGUACGACACAAAGUCCUUUCUCUUUGGGUGUGUGUGUUUUUUUUUUUUUUUUUGUUUAGCAGGCUCAAAACUGUACGGAGGGGGAAAAACAAUAUGUCUGAUUUAAAGCUGCCAUUAUGGCUCUGUUUCACACGCAUCUUUGUUCAACACCUGCAACCUCUCAAAGCUUCUAUAAACAGCUUUCACCUUAUUCAGCUCAUCACAAGACUGUGGACAAGCGUUUAACAGGGACAGAGACGGAGACAGCGAAGGGCAAAGAACAAAGAUGUAUAAAUGACGGACGGACUGGAGCUGUGAUGAAACGGAGAUGUCUGUCACUCACAUUAAGAGACAUGCAAAGUCACAUUCAAAGCCGGGGAUGGAAGAAAAAGACGACUUGCUUCCUGUCUCCAAAAGACUGUUUACACCAAGGAACAAAAAACUGAAGAGGAAAAAGAAGAAAACGUUCUGUGCAGCCAAACAUUUCCUUUAACAUUGUAGCUCAUUCUGGACUAAUCGAGGAAGUAUUCUCAGGACAUUGCCAUGACAGGGUCAAGCUUGGUUUAUCUUCUGUUUUUCUACACACCCACUGUUUUUAUAUGCUUUAGGGUUCCAACCUGCACUCCCUAGUUUUACUGAGCAAUACACAAGAGGCUGCUUGUUUAGUAGUCGGUGGACAAAAGAUGCUCCAUGUUGUACAAAAGUUUGCCUAUUUAUUUAGAUUAACUGGCUGGAUGCUUCUACAGACACCCUCACCUCCUCUAAAGCACUCAGCUAGAAGCUCUCACUUUCCUCUUAACCACCGAACAGGUCCAAAGCUGUCCUGACCUUUAAGUGCAAUAUUGUUUUUUUAUUUUAUUAUUAUGUUUGGGUUGUGCAUUUAUUUGGAUGAUUUUGAAUUUUUACGGGGAAGACAAAUGGCUUGAGCUCUGUAUUAACUUUAUUUGUUAAGAGAAAAAAAAAAAGUAUCGCUAUAAGGUUGACUUACAACGUAAACUUUCAAGAACCAUAAGUAGUUUAAUGACUUUUAAGCAAGUGAUUCUAACUGUGUUAUUACCCCUGGCAGCAGGCAGCUGGGGGGCAUUUUGGUUGUAAAUAUAAUUCUUUAAGAAAACUAUGUGAUAACACAUUAAAAACAAACAAAAACAAAAAACCCAUAGGUCUCUGCUGGUGAAUGUGGGACCCAGCUGUAUUUAUGUAAAUAUGAGAGACUCAAAACUAUAAGAUGACGUGUAUUGUUUAAAAAAAAAAAGUAGGUGAGCAAGAGCAGGAACAAUCUGCUCUGUUUCCCUGGUCAUACACUGCUUGUAAGGAGUUUUCUGAACUGCAAUUUAUCAUUUUCACUGUUUACAAUUCAAAAUGCAUCUCUUAUGAUAGCAACUGAAAACAGUAGAGUACAUUUGGUGUCAUUGCUAAAGAUAAAUAAACCAACCAACUGAUGAAGUAA